GAGAAGCAGGGGAUAGACACAGAGAAAUAGAGGAAAAAGAAGAAGAAGACGAAGAAGAAGAAGGAGAAGGAGAAAAAGAAGAAGAAAGAGGAGGAGAAGAAGCAGAAGAGGAAGAAGAAGAAAAUCUCAAAGAAAAAAGAAAAUUCAGAGAGAAAACAGACAGACAGAAAGAAGGAGGGAAGAGAGAUUGAGAGAAUAACGAUUAGAAAGAAGCGAGAGACUGAAAUCAGGAGAAAAGCAGGAAAGGUGAGGAGUAAAGAAAAGCGAAAAGGAGGGAAGAAGAAGAAGGGAAAGAAGACAACGACAGGAUGUGAUGUAAAGAAACAGGAAGAACAUUCAGGUGGGUCCAUAGCUGCGUCUGAAUUGCCAAGUAGUAGUCGAAGUAGUAGACGAAGUAGUAUCUAGCAUGUCCGAAUUGGCCACCGGAGCGAGUAGCAUGCUACUUCAGAUACUACUUCAGAUACUAGACACGCCCACAUUGUAGGUUGGUCGCGGUGCAUCCUACGGGCAUGCUACUGACCCAAAAUGCACCGCGGGCUUCUUCUUCGUCCUCUUAAAAGUUGUAGAAGCGCAUGUGAUGCUAGCGCCACCAGCAUAGAUGCGUCGCGAACGCCGGCUGGCCACAGCAGCGCGCACCAUGUCGGAGCAGCAGCAGGCGUGACCGCAGCAGUACAGAUGUAAGCUUCAUGUAACUUCACACACUGUCCUAAAAAAUGUGCGGUUGUAUCUCUUUGUCAUGUCAUGGUGUCAUAUUUGCCCAAGUAAUCUUUUUAUGAGCAAAUAUGUGGCGACAUCAUGGAGGUAAAGCUCACUUAUUCCAUCAUUAAACUGCACAGCUGCAGUACUACAGCCAGGCCCGCAGAUGAGGGGCUUCAGUUACCACUGUCUGCACGGGCGCAGUACCUACUCUCUGCCUGCGGGGGUCGUCUUUCCCCACCGCUCAUCUAGUGUGUCCGAAUUGGGCCAACGUGUUUAGUAUGUAGGAGUAGGAUCUAGCAGUAGUAUGUAGCAGUAGCAUGUAGUAUCCGAGCGGGCAAUUCGGACGCAGCACAUGUUUGCUUUAAAAAUCUGUCCAAUCAGAGCACAGCAGGAAGAAAAACAGCCAAUCACGAACCCUGUCACUGUAGCACAUUUAACUGAGAUCGUUAGCUUAGCAUUAGCCACACAGCUAGCCACAGCGACGGUAAUGCUGCGAUCUUUGGAAAAAGAUAGAUCUCAGGUAAAAGAGCCGACAGGCGAGUUUUAAAAAAACAAAACAACCCCCCCACCCCCCAAAAAAAACAACCAAACAAAAAAGAAAACAAAAAAACCCCAAACUAACAACAACAACCUCUGAUCAGAUUAGAUUUUAGUAAAAGUGGCAAAAUAACAGAAUUUGUGUCGCAUAAACAAACUUUAACCAGAACAACAGAUCAGAUUAUAGUAUAAUUAGAUUAUUAUAUAAUCAGAUUAAAAGUGUAAAAUCAGAUUAUAAUCUAAUCAGAUUAGUUUUUCUACAGCAAUCUGAUUAAACAGACACUCACGCUCGUUCACAUGAUGUUAUGACAACAUAUCGGACAACAUAUCUUCAUGUUGUUCGGCUGUAAUCAGAUUACUGUAGCCUGAUUAUUACGAUCACAACAGGAACUCCUUAUAUGGCUCUGCCCGCUGUGGUCAUGUGAUGUCACCACGUGACACUAACUAAGCUGCGUUUCUUUUUUUUUUUUUUUUUUUUUUUAAUUGAACAAGACAGACAGUACAAUCAACGAGAGACACAUCACAACAACAACGACAAAAACAGAAAACAAAACACAGACAUACAACAGCCAGAGGACUUACAGUUCAAUGGUACAGAAUUUCUUCAUUAUAGAGUAUGUUUUGGUAGCUUUCUUGUUCUUAAUAUCCUUGAUCGUGGCAGCAUAACGGAGCAGUUCAUUUUUGAAGGGUGCAAUGUUUGGCUUAGAUUUGGCCCAUUUGUUUUUGUGGAUAUGGAAUUUCCCCAAGCUCAAGAUCAACUGACAAAAAAAGCACAGAUCUUUGUCCUGGUCAUCAUAAUAAAUAAAAAUAUGUUUUUCCUGGAAACUGAUCGUUCUUCCUGUUUUCUCGUGCACAAAUUGUUGGACAUCAAUCCAAAAGGUUUUACUGUAGGUACAAUGAUAGAAUAAAUGAGAGAUGGUUUCAUCUUCAAGUCCAGAGAAAUCACAUAAAUAUUCAAUGUCCAGUUUGAAUCUUUCAAGAGUUUUCUUUGCAGGGUAAAUCUGAUGUAAUAUUUUAAAAGAGACUUCUUUGACCUUGUUAUUGAGACAGAAUUUUUCACCAACCAGCCAUGCAUUGCUCCAGUUAAUUUCUCCCAAUUGUACAGACCAGUUAGUUUGACCUCUAGGCAGUGUCUUUGGUUGUAGGCAGCUUCUCAACAGUCUAUUCGAGCAGGGUCUUUUUGUAAUGUCUAUUCCGCCCACAAAUAUAUCACAGGUGUAAUUUCCUGGAGUAGCAGCCGUUCUUUCAGACCCUUUAAGAAGUUGUAGCACCCCCUGAGGUAAUGCAUCAAAAACCACUGCAUAUUGUUUUGGGGUGACCAGGAGUUGAAAUUUUAACAUAAAUUCUUCAUAAGAAUGUAAAAAGCCAUGGUCAUUAAGAAGUUGGUCGACUAGUAAAAUGUUGUGCUCCAUCCAGUCCUUGUAAAACAGUGAUCGGUUUUUGUAAACGAUGUCUUCAUUGUUCCAAAUAUAAUAGCUGGUUGGUGAGAAAUUAUGUUUGUAGAUCAGUUUCCAGGACAGCAAGGCUUGUUUGUGAAAGUUAGAGAGUUUAACAGGAAGCUUCUCAAUUUUGUAAUUACAUUUCAACAUAAAGCGUAUACCACCAAGUGAGUUGAAUACAUGUGUAGCAAAGGAGUUCCAGAGGUUGUUCUUCUCUCUACAUAACUUACUCAGCCAGUUGAUCUUGAAAGAGUGAUUCAAUAUUUCGAAGGUUAGCACAUCCAAACCACCAUCCCUCUUGGUAUUACAUAAGAUAACUUUUUUUAAAUAAUGGCGUCUGUUCUUCCAGAUAAACUUGAAUAAGAUUUGAUCUAAUUUCUUGGAGACUACAGCAGGCAUUUCUAGUGCUAGUGAUAGAUAUACGGAUCUUGAUAUUCCUUCAGCUUUGGAUAACAGAAUCCGUCCGUGUAAAGAUAGAUCCCUCAUUAACCACAUAUUGAAUUUUCUUUGUAUCUGUUGAGUUAUUGGUUCAAAGUUUAACUCAGAGCGCCUCUUCUCAUUUUUGUCAAGUACAACACCCAAAUAUGUCACAGUUUGUUUAAUGGGAAUACCAUUUAAUUCUGCCAGAUCACAGUGUUUGAGGGGAAAAAGCAUUGAUUUAUUAAGGUUCAUUGUCAGCCCAGAAACCUCCGAAAACUCUCUGAUACACUGCACAGCUUUGACAAGUUCAUUUUGGUUGGACAAAAAAAUAGCUGUAUCAUCCGCUAACUGAGCUAGUUUGAAUUCUCUACCUACGGCUGUCAUACCCUGAAAGUUGCUUUUUUAAUAUGUGUUGCCAUAACCUGUGUAACCAGCAAAAACAAAAAGGGGCUUAGGGGACAACCUUGUCUGAUUCCACGACCAAUAUUAAAUCUGGGUGUUGUGCCAUUUAUUAUCUUAAUUGAACUGUUACUUCCUUUAUAAAGUGUUUGAACUGCCCUCAAAAACCUAUUUCCAAAACCAAAACAUCGAAUAACUUUAAACAUAAACUGGUGAUUGACUGUAUCAAAUGCUUUAUAGAAGUCCACAAACAGAAUAAAACUUUCAUCAGGUAUAAAUUCAUUAUAGUCUAUCAUAUCCAGAAUCAGACGAAUAUUAUUUACAAUAUUUCUCCCUGGCAUAAACCCAGAUUGCUCCUCAUCUAUAAUAUCAUCUAAUCCUAUUUUCAAUCUUUUAGCAAAGAUGAGAGCAAACAGCUUUGCAUCAUUAUUCAAUAAACUAAUCGGUCUCCAGUUUUCAAUGUUUAAUUCAUCUUAUUUUGGUUUUGGAAUUAGUUUUAUCAGUCCCUGUCUUAAAGUGUGGGGGAGUUCUUACUUGUCUAAAGCCUCUUCAAAUAGCUCAAUUAAAAAUGGAGCGAUUGCUUGUCUAAAGUAUUUAUAAAAUUCCCCUGUUAUCCCGUCAUUACCUGGGGCUUUGUUGUCCUUGAGGGAGUCGAUGCAUUUUUGUACCUCUGUUAUCGUUAUUUUUUGAUCACACGUUACAUGGAGGUCAUCAUCUAUUCUUGUAAUAUUUGGUUGUAUGGUCUGAAGAAAUAGUGAUAUUUUAUCUUCAUUUAACAGGUCAGUCAUAUACAGCUUUUCAUAAAAGCGUGCAACAUAUUGUGAAAUUUGUUUUCCAUUUUCACACACAGCGUCAUGAAUUUUAAGUUUGCAGAGAGAAGACAUUUCGUAAUUCCUUUUUUCUUGAUUAAAGAAAUAUUUGGUGCAUUUUUCCCCUUGUUCAAGCCAUUUCCUCCUGGAUCAGAUGAAGGCUCCUCUAGCUUUCCCCUCGUAAAAUUUGUCUAAUUCAGUUUGUAGGUAAGCCAAUUGUUCUACCUCAGCACUGGUUCGGUCUGUUUUCUCAGAUAAUGGAAUAAUUUGGGUGACAAGUUGAAGUUCUUUUUCUUUAUUAUGUCUGCUGAUUUUUCUACUUAACCUUAUAGCUAACUUUCUUAUUUCAUAUUUCAUUAAUUCCCAGUAUAAUCCAAAAUUCUUUAGUAAAUUUGCUUGUCUCCAACAUUUGUCGAUGAUUAUUUGGCUUUCCUUUACAAAUUCCUUAUUUUGUAGCAACGUUUUGUUUAAUUUCCAAUAAUCUCUAUUAUCUACUAUCUACUAAGCUGAGUUUCCUCUCCUUUAGGACAAAAUGUCAAUCCACAGAACAAAAGAGGAAGAGGAAGUUCGACAGGAAGUCACAUGUCAGCCCCCCCCCCCUCUAUCAACUGUUGCUAUGGAGACGGCGAUGUCACUGAGAAGGCAGGACCUGGUGUGCAUCGUAUGUUUCGGUAGCUAUGAUCUGGCGACCCGGUUGCCAAGGCGACUGCACUGUGGCCACGCCUUCUGCCAGGUGUGUCUGAAACGGUUAGACACCGUGAUCAAUGAACAGGUGAUUGAUGACAUCAUCAACCAUACUACUAUAUCUGUGUACUGCAGGUACAAAUACACACUUGGAUGCACAGGUACAAGUACAGAUACACAAAAUACAAGUACAGGUACUCAUAUAUACUACAAGUACAGGUACCUGCAUAAAGUACAAGUACAAGCUAUCAAAUCAAGUACAAGUAUUUGUCGAAGGUACUUAGACAAAGUCGCAGUAAAAGUAUCUGUGUAUGUGUACUUUAUCUGUUGUAGUCCAGGUGUUCUCUCUCUUACCUGUUAUUAGUUCCUGUCCUCUAGUAGCAUGUCCAGUCCAGUUUCUGGUCCUGGUUCUUAAACGUCCCUGUACCUUUAAUGACCCCCCUCCCCCACCCACCCCAGGUCUGGAUCCCGUGUCCUCAGUGUCGACAGAACACGCCUUGGCCAAGAGGGGGGGCCGCCGGUCUGGACCUGGACCUGGCCUCCUUCCUGGGCGUGAAGGCCCAGCAGACCUGCUCCUCCGUCCGCAGGGAGGGGGUGGGGUCUGCAGACGCCAUGGGGGACGGGAAGUUGUGGCUGGGCAAGGAAGUGACUGAAGACGGCUGGUCACACGGAGGUCUGGCUGAGCCGCGUUUCCAUCGUUAUGGCAACUGCUGCCCUCCACCUUCCUAUUGGCUGUGCUGCUGGUUGUGCUGCAGCGGGCGGAGUUAUGACUGA